CCCAAACAGGAUUCACCGAGUGUUGAGCAACAACACAAAGAAUAACCAGAUCAGAACGAGCAUAUAUACCAGUAAACCAGUUAUGAAUCCUGAAUACGACUACCUCUUCAAGACCCUGCUUAUCGGAGACUCUGGUGUUGGAAAGAGUUGUUUGCUGUUGCGAUUCGCCGACGAUACCUACACUGAGAGUUACAUUUCUACCAUCGGUGUGGACUUUAAAAUCCGUACCAUUGAGCUUGACGGUAAGACCGUGAAGCUUCAGAUCUGGGAUACCGCUGGUCAAGAACGUUUCCGUACCAUCACCUCCUCUUACUACCGUGGCGCUCAUGGUAUCAUCGUUGUCUACGAUGUCACCGACCAGGAUACCUUCAACAACGUAAAGCAGUGGUUGCAGGAGAUUGACAGAUAUGCGACUGAAGGCGUGAACAAGCUCCUUGUCGGAAACAAGAGCGAUAUGACGGACAAGAAGGUUGUGGAGUACACUGUUGCAAAGGAAUUCGCUGAUGGACUCGGCAUUCCCUUCCUCGAAACCAGUGCAAAGAGCGCUACCAACGUCGAGCAGGCUUUCUUGACAAUGGCUAGGCAGAUUAAGGAGAGAAUGGGUAGCAACACCGUGAACACUGCCGGUGGGAAGAGCACGGUGAAGGUUGGACAAGGUCAGAGUGUGAACCAGCAGUCGAGUGGAGGGUGUUGUUAAGUGGAUGCGGUGGUGACAUAUCAGAGUUGUCAAGUGG